CGGGGGCUGUGACGUCAGGUGCGCGCGUGGCUCCGGCUGCGCAGGAACAGCUGGUGCCUCCGAAGGCGGCCCGCGGGCGGACGGGCUCCGGUGCUGGUGGCCGCCCGCGCCACGCUGCGGGAGCUGACGCCGCCGCCGCUGCCGCCGCCUCGCACCGCCGCACCAUGUCCGGCCAGCUGGAGCGUUGCGAGCGCGAGUGGCACGAGCUGGAGGGAGAAUUUCAGGAAUUGCAGGAGACCCACAGGAUCUACAAGCAGAAGCUGGAGGAGCUGACCUCGCUCCAGACUUUGUGUAGCGGCUCCAUCAACAAGCAGAAGACGCGCCUGAAGGACUUGAAGCACACACUCCAGAGGUACAGGAAGCAUGCCAGCCGGGAGGAGGCAGAGCUCAUUCAGCAGAUGAGUGCCAACAUCAAGGAACGGCAGAACAUCUUCUUCGACAUGGAGGCCUACCUGCCCAAGAAGAAUGGGCUCUACUUAAAUCUCGUCCUUGGCAAUGUGAAUGUGACCCUUCUCAGCAACCAGGCCAAAUUUGCUUACAAGGACGAGUAUGAGAAGUUCAAGCUCUACCUGACCAUCAUCCUGCUCCUAGGGGCUGUGGCCUGUCGAUUUGUCCUCCACUACAGGGUGACAGACGAAGUUUUUAACUUCCUGCUGGUGUGGUAUUACUGCACCCUGACAAUUCGAGAAAGUAUUCUCAUCAGCAAUGGCUCAAGAAUUAAAGGCUGGUGGGUGUCUCACCACUACGUGUCCACGUUCCUCUCUGGAGUGAUGCUGACCUGGCCCAACGGACUGAUUUAUCAGAAGUUUCGUAAUCAGUUUUUAGCGUUUUCCAUUUUUCAGAGCUGUGUCCAGUUCCUGCAAUAUUAUUACCAGAGAGGCUGCCUCUACCGGUUGCGUGCCCUGGGGGAGAGGAAUCAUCUGGACCUCACAGUGGAAGGAUUCCAGUCCUGGAUGUGGCGGGGCCUCACCUUCCUCCUGCCUUUCCUGUUCUGUGGCCAUUUCUGGCAGCUCUACAAUGCCGUCACGUUGUUUGAGCUCUCCAGCCACGAGGAAUGCAGAGAAUGGCAGGUGUUCGUGUUGGCGCUCACCUUCCUCGUCCUCUUCCUGGGCAAUUUCCUGACCACACUCAAAGUCGUGCACGCGAAACUUCAGAAGAACAGAAACAAGGGGAAGAAGCUGUGAACCAAGGGACCUGUGCGCCCCCCCCCGCCCCCCCCAUGGGGGGUUGAAGACUGCAGGGGCUUCCAGCCGGCCCCAUUGCCGCCCAGUUCUCCUCACGGGGUCUGUGGCCACUGGCAGCAGCCAGCUCGGGGGCCAGCGCAUGGCGGGGAGGCGGGUCAAGGUCCUGGUCCCUGGCGGACCAGAGGAACGUGAGCCCUGCCUGUCCGUACAACGUUCGCCUGCCCCAGCCUCCCUAUUUAUGACCUAUUCACCACGGCCUCCUCCCGACUGCCCCGGAGCCCGCAGUCUUCCCGCGCUGCCCUCUUGGCUACGGUGGAGCCUGGGUCAGUCUUCCUGGGGUGGGGUGGCCGAAAGCCUCAGGGAGCCCCUCAGGUUGGGGUCUGGAUGUGCCUCGCUGGGGUGCCAACCGGCUCCUUACGGAUCCCCAGUGGGUGGAAGGAAAGCCCCGGGCGUCCUGUGGAACCUCCCGCCCCCGGGGCCCACCGCUUCUGCUGUAAGCUCUCCUGGCCGCCGCUGCUCUGCGGUGGGGGUAUUUAAGUUCUCAGAGAACCACUGUCUGUCUGUGCCUUGUGCUCUUUGCGGUUCCCAGGCUGCCGGGCACCCGGGGACAGCUGCCCUUCCUCCCCCUGGGCUUGGCCCCACGCUCCCACCCGCGUGGGCCGGAGGCGGGAUGGUUCUCUGUGACCACCAGAGGGCGCCCCAGCCUCGGCAUCCCGUUGGAGGUGAUUUUUUUUUUUUUGACACUUGCGUUUGGCUUCCUGACCUCCACCCCUCAGCCCACUUCCCGGAAUCCUUGCAGCGAGUUCUCAGAGUGGGACCCGCACUUCGGCGCUGGCUGAGACUCAGGCCAUCGUAGAGUUCACCCUCCCUCCCCACUUUCCCUCCCUUCCCCUCAGGUUCUGGAAUGCGGUGGAGAGAGUCUGAGCAGGCUCCCUUCCAGGUGGCACUUGGGAGGUCAGGACAAACCCGCUGGGUACCUUGUGUCCGAUUCUGUAUUUGAGGCGAGGGUGAAGAAGCCGGCAGGCUUGGGGGAAUGUUCUGCCCCCGCUCCCCCCACGAGCUGCAGCCCUCUCUCCCACACACGGGUCUCAGCUCCCCUUAACUACCUCCCUACGGGUCCUCUGGGCGGAGUUCACAGCCGGCACCCCCAGUCCUGCUUGGGCCCCCAGAGGAGUUUGUGCUUUUUGAACUGUUACAUUUUUAAGAAAUUUCUUUUCCACCCCAGUAAGAGUCUGCAUAACAACCCAGAUUUCUACUUUCCUUAGACAAAUGGAAAACUCUGGACUGGGCUAGCUCCCUGCUUAGGAUGGGGUGCUUGCUUUCUGGGUGCCGCACACCCACCGCUCCCUUUCGUACCUGCCCUCUCACUCCUUUGGGUCUUCCGUCUGGCCCUGAGGCACCUGGGUUUUCCUGAGACUAAUGAGUCGGCAAGCGUCUUCUGUAAAGGGCCAGAUAACUGGUCCCCAUUUCCCUCAGCAGCAGCUGUAGGGCCAAAGCCACUAACACCUAAAUAAAUGGGUGUGGCUG